CCUGUCACCUUCAUGAAUGCCUCCAGGGUCACUGAAUUCAUCUUACUGGGUCUUUCCAGGUCUCGGUCCAUCCAGCUCCUUCUAUUUGUCCUGGUGAUGUUGUGCUAUGCUGCCAUUCUGUUUGGCAACCUUCUCAUUGUAUUGACGGUGCGCAUAGAUCCACAUCUUAAAAAAUUGCCCAUGUAUUUUUUCUUAUCCAAUUUAUCCAUCAUAGAUACAUCGGUGGGUUCAGUGGUAGUCCCCAAAGUAGCAGCAGAUCUGGUCACCUGUGGCAGGACCAUCUCAUUUGCGUGCUGUAUGUCCCAGCUCUUUUUCUUACACUUCUUUGGGGGUACAGAGAUGCUCCUCCUAACCCUCAUGGCCUACGAUCGCUAUGUGGCCAUUUGCCAUCCACUGACAUACACAACCACGAUGAACCGCCCACGCUGCAUUAGACUGAUCUGCUUCUGUUGGUUUGGAGGCCUCCUCCACUCUUCUAGCCAGUUGUUCCUGGUCUUACGGCUGCCGUUCUGUGGGCCAAAUGAAGUGGACAAUUUUUUUUGUGAUGUUCCACAGGUAGUCAAGCUAGCUUGCGUUGACACCCAUGUCACUGAGAUACUCAUGGUGGCCAAUAGCGGCCUGCUCUCCCUGGUUUGCUUCGUCAUCUUGCUGAUCUCCUAUGGCAUCAUCCUGAGCACGCUUCAAGGCCGCUUCAAGGAGAGUAGAGGGAAGGCUCUGUACACCUGCAGCUCUCACCUGACAGUGGUCAGCCUUUUCUUCCUACCUUGCCUCUUUGUGUACCUUGUCCCCAUCUUCAGCGCCAGUCUGGACAAGGUGUCUUCCGUAUUUUAUACCACAAUCACUCCUUUCCUUAAUCCUAUGAUAUAUUCUCUAAGAAAUCGGGAAAUGAAAGAGGCAAUGGGCCGGGUGAGGAAGAAAUUAAUGUUUUCCCACUGGUCUCAGAAAAAAGCAGAAGGAUGA